AUGGGGUACUCUCUGGGGCUGCGAAUGUUCCUGGUCCAAGGGUCUGGCAAACGGAUGUCGCUGCUGCAUCUACUUCUCACUUGUCUUCCCGAUGAUGAUUCGCUCGAACAAGACGCUGACUGGCUGCAUCAAUUCCCGACUCGCCUGAAACGGUGCUCGGAUGUCACUCGGACGCCAUCCCAGCAAACGGGCGGAGACCGGAAUGGCUCGGCCUACAUCGCGGCCGUAGUGGUCGAUGACGAUUUGAUGUGUGGAGUUGACGGAUCCACGCCGGAGUACUUCAGGAUGCUACAGCUCCAUUAUUCACUACGGUUAGGAGAAAGCACCCCAGUAGUGGGCCGUCGCGCGACAGUUUCCAUUCUUCACCGAUUCAAACCAAAGCUUAGUUCCUCACGGUCGUGCAGCAUGGGUAGUAGCCAGAAACAGAUGAUUGGUUCGAUAUCCGAGUACAACAGUCAGCUGGACGAUUGGAAUGUCUACUACGAGCGGUUAGAGCAAUUUUUCGAAGUCAACGAUGUGCCGGACGAGAAGCGAAGUGCGUUUCUGAUCAGCGUUAUUGGUUCGGAGGCGUACAAGAGUCUGCGGGAUCUCUGCAAUCCGGCACUACCCAAGGAUAAGCCGUUCGAGUUCCUGUGUGAAUUGCUGAGAAAACAGUUCAGUCCGCAGAUUUCGAUCUUCCGCGAGCGGGUCAAGUUCUAUAACACCAAGCAAGAGCCGUACGAAAACGUGACUCAGUGGUACGGAAAGCUAAAGCGACUCUCGGUGGACUGCAAAUUCGCGGGUAAUUUGGAAAGUGUUUUGUUGGACAAGUUCAUAACCGGGCUGCGUCCGGGACAAGUGUUGGAUCGAUUGUGCGAGGAGAGUGAAACGCUCAAACUUGAGCAAGCAUUGGACAUUGCGGUGAACAAGGAAUGCGCCGCAAAGGAAAACGCUUACGUCCCUUUCGUUCCGGCUCCUCGAGUGACAAAGUGCUACUUCGGAGGUGAACCGGUGAGAGCACGGCCCGUGGUUUGUCCUCCUACGUUGGCAGUGUGUCCUCCUGCCCCAGUUGAAAGUGCAUUCAAGACCCAAGCGUUUGGCUUUCCGGCUGCAAGAGAGCCUGCUGCGUUUGGUGGGGGCUUUGGAGGUUCCACCACGUUUGGAGCUCCACAAGCGCUGGGGGCCGCACCACAGGCUGCCACUGGACUAUUUGGAGGUACAACAUUCGGAGCUGCUCCUGCUGUGGCUGCCGCACCCCAAGCUGCCCUAUUCCGCCGAGCACCGGCGAACUGUGCCCCUGAGUCACCCAUAUUAGCCCAGGAAGAAGCUAUUUGCGCGGAGAGCGCCGAAGUCGCGGAGAAAUCCGUACAGCCGGAACAACAGGAUGGCGUACCGGAGGGAGCUAAUCGAGCUGGCGGUCCAGCUGCGAAAGGUCGACGCGUCCGCACUAGACGGCGUGGCGGAGCUCGUCGCGGCGCUGCUGGCGACGCUGGUGAUCAGAAUUCUGUCGAUGGAGAGUAGGGUUAGGUGGGAACCACUUGAUGAUACGGGUAGGUGACCGCGGUUAGGGUCGCGUUUGUUAGCUAGGAUAUUAGGAUGAUUUAUUGUUGAGAGACAAUAUAAUAAGACUUUGAAGACUUUGUAAAUCGUUGAAGAAAUGCCAGGAAAAUUUCCUUUCUUAGGUCUUUGAAUUCAUACUUACAACUAAGUAUUAAUCUAGGUAUAUUUAAAAGCUUAACAUUAACUGCGCAGUUAGGGUUAGAUUUGAACGUGAUAAUAAAAUUCUGUGAAUUGAUGCUGUAUAAA